CAAGAGAUGACUGUCGUGUUGUUAGAUGUGGGAAAAUAUAAAACACUCAACGUUAAAGUAUUUCUAAAGAAGACAAUUUAGAAAGAUGAAUCUGUGCUUUCAUUAUGUUGUACUUUGAAAUGAUAUUGUACCUCUUCCUGCAACACACCUGUUAAGUGUAACAGUGUAAUACUGCGAAAACAUCCUCAACAGUUCCGAUAUAUAGAACGCCUGGUCCUUGGUGUACGCUUUCACAGUUUCUAGGCUGCAUCAGCAAAAUAUAAAACAAAUUCUGCCAGCGCCCUAUAAUUGCUGCAUUAUGGCUUGACCCCGUCACAUUUCCAUGUGUGACUGAAAUUGGAUAGCAUGCGUAUCUUAAAAAUCUUUAACAAAUGACAUGGCAGCACGUGAACCCGCGGGCAAUUCCCAUUUAAAAGCAUCUGAACCAAACACUGAAAAUUUACCCCCAGCACAGCCUGAAACCCGACCCGAACAAGGGCACCCGCUACAGGAAACAUUAGCAUCUGACUUGGGCCAUGAUAGUCUUGUGGUUCAUCACUCAGGGCUACCAGAAGAUGUCCAUGCCGCGUCUGUGCGUGUGUGUGAGGUUAUGGACAAAAUAGGCUACAAUGAGGCCAUGGUCAGACACCGACAGGAGAAUUACAAAAAGAGUGGUAUUAUAACCAUUACUGGCAGUAAAGGCGAGGGUUUCUCUACCCCCUAUGAGAGUGACACUGACUGUUUUUGCCUUAUGAAUGAAAUCCUGUGUAGAGAACAUGGAUAUGCCAGCCUGCAACGACGGGACAUCAACGCUGUUUUCAUAAUGGAUGGCGAACACUGCCACCCUGGACACUUCUGGCUUAAACUUGACCACUUGGGAGCAGAAGGACGUACUGUUAUUAAAGAUGCUUUGUUUGUUCAUACAAAUGGACAAAAAUAUCUCUCAAGUCAUACAUUUACUGAAGAAGGCAAAAAUAUGACCCAUGGAAAAGUAUCAGGUCCAGCUUUAACACUAACCCAUCAAUCGAUAAACACUGACACUGUGAUUGCCCUUCCCAUUCAACAACAAAUGCUCUCAGAGUGGAUUAGCAGACCAAGGCACCACAGCUGGCCAUCCCCUGAACUGAAACAAGAAAUAUCCAAACUAGGAGCCUACCUUGUUCCAGUUGGCUGUAAGGGCAGUGAAACCAAACACAUGGAGUGGAGAGUGGGCUUUAUAGGUGAACAGAAACUCACAGACAGUUUCACAGAGUGCCAGUAUAAACUGUACAAUGUUCUGAAAUUUCUUAUGAAAACAGAACUAAAACCAAUCUGUGAUGAAAUGUCAUCCUACAUUGUAAAGAAUAUUGUAUUUUGGUUUAUUGAAUUAACUCAGCAAGAGUUAUUUUCCAAAGAAAAUAUGCUGAACAUCUCCUUUCUUGUCUGCAAAAGCUACAAAAAGCAAUCAGGGAUGAUUGUCUUUCUUACUUCAUGAUCCCUGGCAGAAACCUGCUGAUAGGAAGAAUCAGCCAGUCACAACAACAGCAGCUAAUUGCUAAGCUAGAUGAGCUGAUACAGGAAGGUCCCCGUGUGAUACUGAGAUGCCCCAAAGUGCUUGAAGCCCUGUAUAAUAU